AUGAUGGAUUCAAAAUUUAUCAUUGCAUUCUUUGUGCUGCUGGCUGCAGGAAAGACGAUCAUGAUUAUCUCGUGCCUCAGAGGCAGAAAGCGUUCGACCUCGCCUUCAUCCUCGUCGCCCAACGCAAGCACAAUGGAGACAGGGCCAGAAGUCCUGGUCGAGGAUCCGAUGACACAACGACUUGUCUUGGCAGGAGAAAUCGCUGUUGACGAUCGACAACAACCCGAGAUGGUCGAUGUUAUCCGGGUCCCUCCACCAGCCUACACUGCCAAGGACCAGCAUCUGGAGUUUGAGAACGUUCCGCCGCCACCUACUUUUAAGGAUGCCGUUCCCUCUUCGUCGCGUUCGCCAUUAUCGCCCUUUUUGCAUACACCAAAGCCGUCCAGGAGGGAACUGUCGCAGGCAAGCAGCAGUGGCAUCCAAAGCAACACCAGUGAUACGCAACAACAUCGUCGGAGUUGUCACCAACUCCUCCGGUAUCGUCCUGCCAGCACGGAUAUCAAUAACAACAACGUCAACAACAGCGACGACGCGGCAGAGACUGUCUCAAACUCUGGAUCAGGCGUUCGCCGUCCUGCUGCAACUGCAGCAGCUAUCGAACCGACCAUCGUUCGGAUACCCAACGUGGCGCGAUGGGUCGCAGAGUCUAGGAGAGACACAUUCCAAGCCUUUGCAGGAUCAUCGUCGUCUUCAUCGGAGCAAUACCCUUUUGGUUUCGUGUCGACCUACUCUGACUCUGACUCUGACUCUGACCAUCACUCUGACUCUGAGCCAUACGGGUCAUCGUCGUCGUCAGGGAAUAUGCGCAUUCUUCCCAACAUGGGUGUUCUCUACCCCUCUGUCAUUGUACAUAUGUAA